UUACAGUUAUUGAGAUAAAGAAAAUACGAUAAAACUGAGCAUACUGCAAAUCAUCAUGACUCCACUUGUUUCAAUAAUCUUGAAUCUUUAGUAUCAUAUAUGCUGUAUCUCAGAACAGAACCUGCAGUACCAUGAAUGAUUCUGGAGAAAUUACAUCGUUGAACAUUAGUGAGUGAUUUUAUUUAAUUGGCUUCAAGAAACUAUUACGUUUAGGUUGAUUUUAAUCAUCGUCAUAGUGGCUUUUCGAUUUCUUUGAAAAAUCAAUAAAAAUUGAAAUGGCUACAACUUUCGAAAUAUUAUGCACAGUUGUUGCAGUUACCUUGGCAUUGUACUACUAUCUAACAUCAACUUUCAAUUUUUGGAAAGAACGAGGUGUAGCCGGUCCAAGGCCAUAUCCACUUGUAGGAAAUACCGGAAGAACGUUGUUAGGAAAAAUAUCUAUGGGAGAUUAUUUGAAAGAACUUUAUGACAAACCUGAGUUUAAAAACGAACCAUUGAUUGGCAUAUUUACAAGGAGAACUCCUAUCUUGAUCGUAAAAGAUCCUGAAUUGAUUAAAGACGUCCUCAUAAAAGAUUUUUCGAAGAUUUCGGAUCGUGGAAUUACAGUAUUCGAAAAGGUAGAACCAUUAUCGCAACAUCUUUUUAGUUUGGAACCAAAAAGAUGGCGACCAUUAAGAGUGAAACUUUCUCCAAUUUUUACUUCGGGUAAAUUAAAGGAGAUGUUUAAUUUAAUAUUAGAAUGCGGGAAUCAUUUUGAAAAUUAUAUAGAAAAACUUGUGGCAAAAGACGAACCGAUCGAGUGUCGUGAAUUAACAGCAAAAUUUACUACGGACGUUAUCGGUAGUUGUGCGUUCGGAUUAGAAAUGAAUUCGAUCGGCGAUGAAGACAGUGAAUUUCGUAAAAUGGGACGAUCGAUCUUCGAAGUUAAUUUUCUAAAUGUAUUAAGAAGUAGACUUAGAACUGUGACACCGAAGGCUUACAAAUUAAUCGGCUAUAUUCUUCGACGAGAUAAAGUUACGAAAUUCUUCCAAGAAUUGGUAGUAAAUACUAUAAAUUAUAGGAAGGAACACGAUAUUGUGAGAAACGAUUUCAUUAAUCUUCUUAUGAAAUUGAAAGAUGAUCCAGAAAAAUUAAACGGAAUUGAAUUUACGGAUAAUCUUCUCGCUGCACAAGUCUUUGUAUUUUUCCUCGCGGGCUUUGAAACAUCGUCUACGACAAUGAGUAACGCUCUUUAUGAAUUAGCUUUGAAUCCUGAGGUACAAGAUAAGUUACGACAAGAAAUUUACGAAGAAUAUAAAACACACGGGGAGACAUUGAAAUAUGAAAAUAUUAAAGAAAUGACUUAUUUGGAUCAAGUAUUUCGCGAAACAUUAAGGAAAUAUCCACCAAUAACAUUUCUUAUGAGGAAAACUAUAUCGGAUUAUACGUUCGAAAGUAAUAAGGUUUCAGUACCAAAGGGAACGAGAAUUUGGAUACCUAUUUAUGCCAUUCAACGAGAUCCAGAAAUUUUUCCUUCACCAGAUGCCUUUAAACCUGAAAGAUUUAGUCAUGAAAAUGAAAAAACAAGGCAUCCAAUGUCUCAUUUACCUUUUGGGGACGGUCCAAGAAAUUGUAUUGGAGCCAGAUUCGCUGCAUAUCAAAGUAAAAUAGGAUUGAUAAAAAUACUGAGGAAAUUCAAAGUCGAAACCUGCGAAAAAUCUCCAAUUCCUUAUAUAAAUAAUCCAAAUUCAUUUAUUUUAGUUCCAUUGAACGGAAUGCAUCUCAAAUUUAAAAAAGUUGAUGAAAAUAACAUUUAAAUGCGUUUAUCUACAUGUGUCGUCUUGACUAUGGAUAUAAAUACAUACAUAUAUUCAUUUAAUAUUUAAGUUUCGUUCAUUGUAAUAUUAAUAAUAUUGUUAAUUGUUAAAUUAAAGAAUAUAGUAUUAUUAUUAUUUAUUCAUUUAUCAAAAAAUGGAGAUUAAUAUUAUUAAUAAUAUGUUAUCAAUUAUGGUUUAACAUUAAGAUAUUAUUAUAAACAAUUAAAAUGUUUUUACUUAAAUAAUAUUAAUUAAUUGAUUAAGAUUUGUUAAAUAUAAAUUUAGCAAAUCGUUAUAGUUAGAUAAAAUUAAUAACGAAAUAGAUUAAUCCACCGUUUAAACAUUAAUCUAUUAAUAAUUUGUUUCAUUUCUUUCUGAAAAAAAUUCUAUAAAGAUUAUAAAAACUUAUUUGAACAUACACACAUACACACACAUACAUGCACACGAUAAGAAUAUAUAGACAUAAAUAGCUUUUAAAAUAACUACUAUGAUUGUAAUUUGACUUUGGAAGAGAAAUGUAAACAAAAUAUAUAUACAUUGUCGAUUGUCUGGCUUAAUCCAAAAGAUGUUAAUAAAUCAAUAUGUCACGAGCCUUCGACAGUGAAAAUUGUUUGUUCGUUA